AUGAAAAAUACUUUUUGGAAUGGAUUUCGAUAGGAACUCUAAGUAACUGAGAAAGAAUAAGGAAUGUAUCUGACUAAACCCUAGGAUGAAUAAGAGUAGGAGGAGAAUCCUUAUCAAGAUGAAUUCAUAACUAUCGCCAAAAAAAAAGAGGAAAAUAAGGUUAAAGUAGACUGGAGAUUCCUAGUUAAUUAGAACAACGAUUACACUCUUAUAUCAAAAGCUUUGAGGUCAUUCUUAGAUAAUUAAGAAAAAAGAGAUGAAUAAAGACUUAAAUAAGAAUUGAAGCAGACAAUGAGUGAUGAGAGGUCGUUUCGAAUUUAAAAAACUAGGGAAAUUAAUAAACUUAGGAAAUAAUUUGUUUUUAACAAAAAGGAUCCUAACUAUAAUGAAAAUUAUUAGAGUCAAAUGAUGCUAUCCAGUUCAAUUUUUGAACAGGAGAGUAAAAGCUAAAUGUCUUAAAAUUAAGAAGAGCAUAAUAAGGAUCUAAUCCUUGAUAAAACUUUAGAAAUGAAUCUCUUCGAGGGGAAUUUAUUUUUAACUUAGGGUGUACCUCAAACAAUUCAAACCACUGAAAUGCAUGAUUAAAAUCUCUUUAGCAUUAUCUAACCAUCAUAGCUUGAUUCAAAUAAAAUUUAAUAUGUACGAGAUAAGGAGCUUGAUACAUUCUAUACAAUAGAUUAGAAUGUAGGCUAUGAUAUUCAUUACAAUCCAAUGUUUGAAAGUUUAGAAAGUUAAAAAUUGAAUACUAAAUUAAAUGUAUUCAACAACUAACCACUAAGGCCACUCAAAUUAAAAAACAAAGCAUAAAUUUAUAGUGAAAUCCAUGCUGAAAAUUAACUGACAUUUUAAAAGAAAUAUAACUCUUAAAUAUCUCCAGAAAAGAUUGAGGAUAAGACAUCAAGGAAUAUUCUGUCUCAAUCUAUGGAUUAUAGUGGAUUUUCAAAGUCAAAUAGUUAACGAGAUGUGAAAAAUAAUUACUAAUCCUAGGAAAGCAUUUCACUUUAGCAAUAAGUUUACAAUAGCACAGAGGAUCUUUACAAACAAGAUUUAAACUUAGAUUUAGACAGUUUAGCGAAUACUCUUGAGAAUGAAUUCAAAUUCAUGCAGAUUCCAAGUAAACUAGAGAAAAUGACCAAAGAUCAUAAAAUAAGAGUUUGGGAGGCAAGGAAUCACGGUAAAUAGCAGAAACAGUAAAAUCUCAGAACAAGCUACACAAGAACAGAAAGAUUCAAUACUGAUGAAGAGUAGUAUAGGCAAGUAUUUCGAUAGUAAUCGCUUUAAACACGAGGCAUGGAAAAAGACGAAGAUGCAGUGAUAAGAUACAAUAAAUACCUUAACAAGAUUUUGCUUUUGAAUAAAGAUGAGUUUUUUACUCAAAAAUUAAGGGCUUAUCUUGCAAAAUAGAAAUAGAAGCAGCCAGCUUUAUUUGGAAAACUUGACUUUUUUUCUAGAAUGACCAUGGAUAUUGUAGGCAGAGAAAAAUUAAUACCUAAAAAAUCAACAAUAGAAUUAGAUAAAUUGAUAUUCAAACGCAGGAUCGAACUGACUUGA